AUGGACUCUAUUGAUCAGGAUAUGACAGAGACCUCUGAGUUUUCUGCGGGUGUUGCGGUGCUUGUUAUGGGUAUCACCGGUGUCGGAAAAAGCACCAUCAUAUCAAAGCUUAUAGGAGGUGAUACUGGCAUUGGCCAUGACCUGACGUCCUGCCGAAAGCCCGAGUUGGAGAUUCACAAGUUCAUGGACACCUCGGACCGAUUUCAAGGGUUCGGAGAGGGCUUGCAGAAGAGUUACAACGCAGAUGAACGCAAGUAA